AUGAGCAGCAGCCACAAGUGGACGAGGCUGCUCUUGAUGGGCCUGCUUGUUAUUUUGAAUUGCAAAGGCAAUCCCUUGGCAAGGCGGCUGGGGCUGCGACCCCUAAGUCAAUCGGAGAUUCGAGAACUGGAGAAUUCUUUGCCCGAGGGUCGAUCCGUUUCCAGUGGCUUUGCAGCCCUCUCUGGUUUUGCCCUGGGUUUGGGCAAGGCCCUCACUGGUGUCUUUAUUUACGACGUCAUAACUGCCAAUAUAACCGAGGUCGAACAGAGCAAUGUUUCAGCGGACAGUGGUUCGAUUAGGGAGAUAUGCUUUGAUUCUGGCAGCUCCCAUUCAGAUAUAACUUGUAUUGUAUAUUACAAUAAUAAUUAA